GGGAUCGUUGGCAUCACAAUUACAAGAGCGGAGCCGGACAUCGACAAAAUUUCAUAGAGUAUGGCUUAGAAGUAUUCCUCUCCGUUCCAACUCAAAAACUUUCCUGAGACUAUGUGUCACGGUCAGGAUCGGUUCGACGAAAAUCGAUGUUCAAGAUAUGUUGAACGAGGGUCAUGGUAGAAGAAUACUUGAAUUAAAGGAUACAAGUAAUGGAUUCAAAUAUCAAACCUUUAUCUUUGUGUUGAAUCAGCG